UCCAUCAGCGGCCUGCAUGUGACCCUGUGCACUCUGACCUCUGAACUCCGUCAGAAGAGUCACAGCUGAGCGCAUGGCGAUGACGUGCUGCACCAAAACGUCUCCAAACGCACCCUCACACAUGGACAUGUCCAUGUUCGUCACGUUGCAAACGAGCUCGUCCUCGAUGAUUCAAAUAUUGCCGUAAUUAGAGUCAUUAGCUAAGCAGUUGAAUGUGAAUGGACGGGGGUCGGCGCUCUUCGGGGCGCCUCAUUAUGCAGGCGCAUUAAAAGAAGGCGAUGGGGGGCAAAUGGGUGGUUAAAGGAAGGGACAAAAAGAGGGGCAGGGACAGUGAGGAGGGCCAGGAUUCAAAUUCUAAGUGCUAAGUUGUUCCCUUUGUCAGUGGCGUAUAUAACACGCAGAGCUCGAGGAGUCGGUUCUUCAGUGAAGCUGCGUGGAGUUCAUCAGCGAAGAUUCAACCGCCUGGAUUUGGAACUCUCACCAUGUCCUCGCACUGCGUUUGGAUUUCUUUAUUUCUCCUCUCGGUGAUGACAGGUGACACUGGAGUAUGCGCUCGCGCGGUACAGGCGCGUGGAUUCGUGUCGCCGCGGCCUCAAAGAACAACCGCGUUUCAGACAACAUCACGCGCGGAGUGGACGAGGCGGCGGAGGCGCGCGGUGGAGGAGACGCACCGCGGGGAGCGCUGCGCGGAGCUGGCGGCGCCGUGGAUGGAAAACACGCAACAAGCGCCUGAGGAUAACGCGACCGUGUUGCAACUCCGCGGUCGGCCUUUCACCGCGGGAUCGUCCCGGGGUCUCGUGUUCCCCGGGAAAUCUCUCUUCAACUUAGUCCGGCGGGUUUACCAGUGCUGUCAGGAGGGACUGACCUGCAGGCGCGUCAAGGGGAUCCAAGGUCGCAUGAAAGGAGACAGAGAUGUGGAGUUCCUCCUGACCAAGGAGAUUUUGUCACUGAAAGUCAUGAGAGCUGAGCUCCACCUUCACAUUUCUAACCCACAUCACCUGGACGUCCACCCCGUGCUUCCAUCCAUGGCUAAGCGCAACCUUCCCACCAGGUACAGUUUGUGGUCGCGGGGCAGCAGCGUGGAGCUCAGAGUGGACUUGCUGUUCCUCCUCCAGAGUCUGCAGGAGGUGGCAGGUGGUGCCAGAGGGGGUCCCAGCUUGGUGAACAUGCGGGGCAUGGCGUUAUCCUCCGGGGGGGGGAGAAACCCCGCUCCUCUGCAGGACGCCGAUGGCCACGCGUGGGGGGAUGGUGUCGCCAGCGAACUGCCUGCCCUGGAGUUAGGCCUGGUCCUGGGCUGCAGCCGGGGCGGAGCGGCGGUGUCGUGUGGAAGUGGCGACGUCCACGUCUCACACACGCCGUUCAUGGCUCUGUACUACAGAUGAAGUCCACGCAGGACUGGACAGACUUAAACAGGAAAUCAUGCACUUCAACAUCAAAUCUAUUAAUUUAUAAAUGUCAUGUUUUGUAAUAUAUAUAUUAAUAAUAAUAAUUUGUAAAUAGUUAAACUAUUUACUGUGAGUUUAUGGAAAGUCUUUCUUCAGUCAUUAAAACUCCGUCUAACUUUG